GAGAGCUCCGGUACUGCCGAGUAUCCCGAGAUGGAGGCGUCCACCCAGCUAGCCGUGGUGCUGAUGUCGCGCGAGAACCACGCGCCCUCGUUCGCCAGCGGGCCGUACGUGGGCUUCGUGGCCGAGCACAGCGCUGCUUCGACGGCUGUACAGUGGGCGCCCGGAGUGCUGCCCAGGGUUUACGAUCGAGAUCAGGGACGAAACAGUACAUUCAGGUUGUACCUAGAAGGCGAGGGAGGGAGCAUUUUCACCAUACACCCGCAGUCGGCCUCGCGGGAGGCCGAUUUCGCCAUCUUGGUUCAGGACUCCUUGAAACUGGACUACGAGGUAGCCGAACCAAAGUACGUCGAAUUCACGAUCGUGGCGGCCGAGACGGAGGCGGUGCAACCUCUGACGUCGUCCGUGGCGGUGCGCGUGAACAUUGUGGACACGAACGACCACGCCCCCAUGUUCACCAGCGACAUGUACGAGGUGGUUGUGGCCGAAGAUGCCAGGCCGGGCACCGUCAUCACUGCUGUCACUGCCACUGACCCGGACACUGGGAGCUUUGGCACAAUCAAGUACACAUCUCUGAACGGCCCUAUCGCAAGAAACCUGAAACUGGACCCAGACACCGGCCAAGUGACUCUGGUGUCGUCGGAGGGUCUUGACCGCGAGUCGGUGCCCGAGUACGCACUCACUGUCGAGGCGCAGGACGGUGGAGGGCGCAGGGCUUCGACGCAGCUCCUGGUGCGCCUGGGAGACGCCAACGACAACGCGCCUUCGUUCAGGCAGCCACGCUACGACGCCGUGCUCACGGCAGACCUGGCGGACUUUGCGGAGCCUCUCAUCGUCCAGGCGACAGACGCCGACGCGCCGGGUCCCAACAGCAACGUGACGUACGAGAUUGUGAGCGGCAACUACGAGCAGAAGUUCCGCAUCGACCCAGUGUCGGGCGCUGUGAGGCUUUCGGCCCCCCUGUCGGCGGCUCGCAUGGGGCUGCCCCUGGUGCUGACAGUGCGUGCCCACGACCAGGGCAUCCCCGUGCGCUCGGCCUCGGUGCCAGUGCGCGUGCACACGCAGGAGUACCUGAAUAGAUCAAUAGUUGUUGUCCUGCCAGGAAGCGAAGAUCAAGUCCGGCCCAGGAAGGAAAAUAUUGAAAGAACUGUUGCCCGAGGCUGGGCCGUGUAUGAAUCACAUCCCAUCGACCUCGUCUCGUUUGGCAAAAUCAUGAGCAACUUGUACGGAAUGAACUACGAACAGAUGUCCGUGGAGCGGGAGACGCUGCUCCUGAAGCGGUCGGGCAACGACCGCGUCUUCUGGAUCCUGCUCAUCGUGCUCAUCCUAAUCAUACUGCUGCUUCUCCUGAUCAUGCUCUGCUGCUGCUGGAAGUACUUCCUCAGGAACCAGCGGCCACGUUCGAGUAGCAAAGUGUCUCCGGCGAGAUCUACGGCAGCAGCCACGACGGAUCAGUCGCACCGCGAAAGGCGCUCGACCACGGACAAGGCAACGGCUGCCAACGGAAGCGUGCCCAGUGGGCGCCGCGGCUGGCAGGCCGAUGGCGGUAGUCCCCGACCUGAAGACGGCAAUGCUGUCCCAUCCCAGUCGGUCGCCGUCGGCACUACCGCUGGGCUGGACGAGGCUGCCCGCCAAGGCGGCACCGUGGAGAACCCACCGCGGGGGCGCCCCGCGAGCCGCGAGCGCCUGCUGCUUCACGGCUCCAGCCUCGACACCGAUGCCGUCGUGCACGCAGGCGAAGGAGGGGGCCGCCGGUUGGGCGACUUCCUCGUAGUGCGACGAGAUGCCGCCGCCGCCAGGAGACGUCGUCGCGACGACGUCACUGACACGGACGCCGACCUUUACAGACGCGCUCCAUCGUCGCCGGUUAGCGACACCUUCGGCACGACGCGGAGCGUUGAGUACAGCGGAGGCUCCGUGGGUGGCGUCGCAGGUCCGCGCAGAACCGAGAUCCUCUACAUCCGCAGCCCUCCGCCAGACGCCAAUAGCGUCGCGGACGACUACCAGGAAGACUCGUCGUCACGUCGUCGCCGCCGUCUCCGCGAAGAAGAGGCCGAAGACAGCGGAAACAUCCGACACCGCGCCGCCGCGAACCGCCGCGAAAACGCUCGCCGUGUCAGGUUCUCCCGGUACCACAAGGUGGACGGCGCGUCCUUUGUUUUGCAGUCACACUCGCCCGACGGCGUCGAAGAUAUAGCGUCGUCGACGUCGGUGCUUCCCCGCGAUCAGGUUUGGAUUGUACCGCAAGAACCGCGAGGCACGACACAACGUGAUGCUGUGCCCUAUGAAGAGCCCGCAGGGAGACCAGUACCGGCUGCUAGGAACGCGCGGUUGCGGGCUAUGCACCGUCGGUCCGGUGGCGACAGCCAAGAGCUAGAAACAAGCGAUUUUGGCGAGUCAUUCGAAGAGUGCGAGCUCCGGUCAAAAAACAUCCUCGCUAAUGAUCUGCCUCAAGUCCAUGGCGGUGAAGCGGACGGCCCUUCGUUUUCACGCGUAGCCGAAUCGUCAUUCCAGGGCGAAAGUACUCUAAAACAGCGAGCCGUCAGUUCAAGCAAGGUAGAGGUUUCUGGUCAGACCUUUGACGCCCGUGCGAGUACGAUUCAGCAACAAAUGCAUGUUAGACGACCGGAGGAGGGCACGAGAGCAGUUCAAGCUGGUGAAAUUAGUGACGCGUUGAUAUUGGGUUCGCAAGCAGCAGGCCUGCCUAGUCAGACUGCAGGCGUAAAGGAUCAACCUUCUUCUUUGACAGCCCACCAGGUGCAAAGUACAGUUAGUUCAAGCACGUCAACGCAUGUCGCAACGUUGACACCCAAAGCACAACGGCAGCAGUUACCACAACAAGACUCCAAUAUUGGACAACUUUCGUUCGUCAGUGGACCAGCUACUUUGCAACCGUCUGUAAGCUACACGAGUGGAGAAGCAAAAGCUGGCGCUUCAACAACUGAGUGCGCGGAUAUCUCGGUUCAGACUCACGUCUCGCAAGCCCCUCACAUUCAGCAAGACACUACACUCACCCAGACUUCAUUGCAUCCGCUCGGCCUCCAAGGCCCCCAGCUAGUCACCAUAACCGGGAUGUCCCCCGUAUUCUUCAGCACACAGCUUCCCGGCACUCAGAUGAUAUCUCAACCCAUUGAUAUCACACAACAAAACUACCCUCAGGCACCUGUCCGUCAUCAGCCUCCUGCCGCUGCGUCAACGUACUAUAGCACAGUUCAGAGCACCGAAUCACAAAAUCAGCGUCAACAAGUGUCAGUUUUGCCGUCUCAAGUACACGGUGAACGACAAGAGCACGGCACAAUGCAGCGUGAACAAGUUCAAAUGCCAUCAGCAGACGCUGAGAACACAACCGAACGCACCGCACCACAAGAUCGAAUCACUCAUGGUAACUUAGCGGGAACGGUAUCGACCGCAGUGGUUGUAGAUAAUCGCGAGGGACCAGUGGCGAGUGGUGAAAAGCUUUCAGCGGUGUCGUUCCCUGCUGGUACCACGCAGGGUGAGCCUGGUAUGAGCAGGUUAGAACUGCCGCGGUCCCUUCGUGCACCGGGCCAUGGGACGGACGCUGAAGGGACGCCAAGGCACCAAGGCUUCUCGACAGUCAAGAUCACCACGAAAGUCAUCACGACGGACGGUAACAUCGUGCACGAGGAUUCAGCAACUCACGCCGGUGCGGCAAGCGACUCCGAGAUGGAGAUGAUUGAGCGGGAUCUAAAGACAAGCUUGGGAAAGUUGGAUGAUUCGGAGCAGGACGAUUCUGACUCGGGCAUUGGGCCCGGCGCUAAGAACCUGCGUCUUAAGAAGAACGCGUUCAUUGAAAAGAAAAGCCUGUUCACUAUUGCCUACGACGGUGUCAACACGGAACGCAUCCGAACGUGCCUAGGGAGCAGUUCGCCAUCUCCCUGAGCCAGUAGCAGUGCGAACUGUCCUGCGCCAACCAUAGCGUAGUUUUUUUCUACCUCGCUUCCGCUUUCCUCUUACCCGCGGGUCACUUUUUCACGAACAAUAGAGUUUCUUACCAAUAGAAACUAGGGCAUGAUGAUAUGCAAUCUCUCGUUUACCUGCUGAUCUUUGCUGACUAAACACGAAGCAUCCCGCCUCUUGUACUUUUACAACACUGGGCCAUUUCGUACAUUCAGCCGUUGUGAUGACCUUCCUCGUGCCUCAAACACCGCCUUUCUCUCUGGGGCUUGUUUGCCUAAUAUCAAUGUGAGAAGCCGAUGUUUGUUGUUGAGAUAUUCGGGGUUUUUUUUUCUCUCUGUAUUCAAGAUGCCGUCCAAUAAUGUGACACAGCGCUGAAUGUCGUAAAACAAUGGAAGUAUAUUUGAAGCAGGAUAAUUUGUGCGCCAUCACUCCGUGAAAACGCAAUGGAAUCACAGAUACUGUUUACGACUGCUAUGUUUCUAUUACAUAUAUAUUGCGCUGUUGAAUAUACUGUUGUUGUUCGCUUGUUAAACUUUGGCUCGCACUAUUGUUUGUUUUAUAUCCGAGGUGUGUGUCGUGUAACUUUGUUACGUUUAUCUAUAUAUCAGGUUCUUUACAUUCAUCUCAUCUUUAAAAAAAAAGUUAUAAGAAUUGUUACCUGACCCAGAUGCAAAUUUUAUUGAUAAGAGUUAAUCCACUGUCAGUAAAAUCGUGUUCAGCAGCUACAAAGUAGUUCGAACGCUAGCAGUCUCCGAGUCACAGUUGCGGUUUUUCACCCUUCUUGCGGUCAAGCUGGGACUGGAUGCGGUGGGGUUUGUCCACUCCAGACGUGUGCUUUGAAUGCGCGCGAAACUUUAUUGAAGGAAUCCUUCGAACAAGCGAAAUGACUUUUGUAGGAGAUGUUCACCAUGUCAAAUGUGAUGCGUGGGCAAAUUUCUAAGAGUCGAAUGUAUAAUGUUCCGUGUGAAAAUGACCAAAAAUGCUGAUAAUUGUGCUCUGGAAUUUUGUGGUUUAUUCAAUUGUGCGUUAUUUCAGAACUUCUGUUCAUAUCAAGGUGGCGUAUUCUAGAAAUGAAAGUGUGUUCAUGGAGAAAAAGCUUAUGAAAUUUCAAAGUUGUAGGUGCUUUAUAGGAACUGAAAGAAAUCCAUUUGUUUUAAAUUGGUACCAAAUAAGAUGGGUAGAAAGAAUAAAAUACUUUUUGAACACUCUACUCUAAGAAGACAAGAACAAAAAUUAGGUCGUGGCCAAGCAUGUAGCUGCUUUGUUUUAUUUCCCUUUGCCUCUUCCGUUGAAACUGAGCUGACAAUGGUAGCUUGCAAAUACGACGGCGUGCUCUCGCUGACACUGAAGCAAAAUAGACACUCAAUCGACCUAAAAAGACUGAAGCGUGGUAAGGACAAGAGUGUUUAUAGGGCGCCCUUAAGAAAUCGCAAUUCCUGGUUUGUCAGGAAUCUCACUGGAAAACGCAACUGUCACAAAUCAUACCACAUCGCUUUGAGCGACGCGUGAGUUUGUCUAAAGCAUGUUCGUCCUCUUUGUGACCGCACAACAUUAUGAUACACAGGCGUGCACUAACAUUACGGUUGUUUUAUGCGCUAUAAACAACGUAUGCAUACCAUCCGAAAUUGUCGCUACUGUUUUCCCCCUAGUUCUUCUCUACUAAGAUGUGCUGCUGGUGAAGUAUCAGCUGUCCAUGCAUUGAAUCUCGCUCUUUCUGUAUACCAUGAUUUUCCGUGACAUGAAACGGGGAACAAGUUGUUGUGUACAGAUUUCAUGUUUUGCUGGGAACCAAGUCUAAUUCGACAAAACAUGUUCUUGCACGGCGGAUGUCCGAAACGUUUCACAACGAAGGCAUUGCAUAAUGCGGACAAUUCCGAAGAAACGUUCUUGUUUCUAGUUUUUUUUUUUUUUUCGAAACAGCUGAUUUGGCGCAGAAUGAAAGAACCUCGGUAGGCAUCGAUUUAUCUUUUCAGAUUUAUUUCUGCCAGGGCAUUCAUUUUUUCUCGUCUGUUUCUCAGUCUGCUGAACAAGGCUUUGUAUGAGUCUACAGUAUAAAGUUUUUGGCAUGUGACAUAACAAUUUGUUGGUCAACAUUUUCUGCCAAGCAGUUUUUGUUGCUCUAGUAAGCAUAUCUGUCAUGGCAGGCAUUAUUCGAGGUAGGACACAAGCAGAAUGUAUAAACCAAGUAUUUAUAAUUUUCGUUCGAGACACCCUUGCAGAUUGCAGCUAGGAAACGGGGCGUUCCACGUUACAUAAGGCAAUCGUAAGGCUCCUUAUCGCGACUGGUACAAAAGAACGAACUUUUCGAUAACUCGCCUCCAUGACAGUUAGGGAACCUAAGUUGUGUCGUGGAUGAUAAGGCACCGGCCCUCCGCUAAGGAAACACCCACUGUAGCUACAAGAACCUAAGUAGUCAACUAUUCCAGCACUUAAACUUCAGUGUUGCAACGAAGUUAGUGAUCUCUUUCUCCGUACUAUUUCGCACUGCAUAACCACAUCUGCAAGUGUACAAUUUCGAACCAGUUGCUAGUCAAUCACAGCAACGCGUGCGAUCUAAUCGCGGUUUCUUUAUUAUUUUUUUUUAUUUUUCCGUGUACUUCGCAGAUAUGUAUUUGGUAUAUAUGCCCACUGAAAGCAAGAAGUUGUAAUGAAAUAAAAAACACAAAGAAUACGGAGAAGAAAUACACUUAAAACCACUGUUCACGGAGCUCAGCAGCAUGAGUCGUUCGAAUAAACGUGAAAUCUGAGCCCCGUAUAUUCUGACGGUCUAGUCAGACAUUACGUGGAGCUCACUCUGCCAGCUUACUUGUAAGUGUUUUCUCUGCAUGCCACGCAACUGCCAAAAUGUACUCGUGGUCCUGUUUUCUGUCUUUGGAAAAGACACCUCAUGUAUGGUAGUUCAUUCUCCUAAGUAUAUGUCAUACGCGAAGUUUGUCAUUGUGGGGAAAAAAAACGACG